AUGACUACCGCACAUAGACCUACCUUUGAUCCCGCGCGUGGAAAGGAAGCUCUUCGAGGGCCAGCAUAUCACCAACGUCUCCUUCCAGCUCAUACUCAGUUGAAGUUCAGACAACCCGGCCAAGGAGGAGAUGCCGACGAGCCCCGCGACCUACGAGCCGAACUCCUCGCCGCCGAGGCUGCCCACUUCGCAAAGCAGGGCAAGCUAUCCGACGCUCCUGACGUCGAUAACUCCGAACCCACUACCAACUCUAGCGCGAAGCGACCCUUAGAACUACGAUCGCAAGCAGAUAGUGAUGGGGAAAAUGAAGACCCGGAGGCAAAACGUCAGCGCGUAUUAGCAGAGACCCGAGACAUAGACGAGGAGUCGGAAGUCGAUGAUAGUGACGAGGACAGUGAUGAUGACGAAGACGAAGAAGCCGAGCUGUUACGAGAACUCGAAAGAGUCAGGCAAGAACGAGCCCAGAAGCGCGAGCAGGAAGAACGUGCUAAGGCUGCGGCCGAAGAAGAGGAACGAGAAAAGGAGAUUGCGCUGGGUAAUCCACUGAUGAACCCGACGAACUUCAACACGAAGCGAAGAUGGGACGAUGAUGUUGUAUUCAAGAACCAAGCACGAGGAACCGAAGAUAAGAACAAGAAGAAGGAAUUCAUCAAUGAUAUGCUACGAUCGGACUUCCAUAAACGAUUCAUGAACAAGUACGUGCGAUAA